GUUAGGGGGAGGGGGACGAGAACGAAGCAAGGUCAGUAGCUCAGAAUGGCAGCUAGACCCAGUUUAACUCCAGACAUCACGCCCGCUACAUCUCAUCUCUCCAGUCACCGCGCCACUAUGCCACCACCGACCCCUUGAGUCUACGCAGGCCGGUGUCCGUCUGUGUCUUGUCGUCGGGCGUGACGUGCAGCAACGGCGGUAACAGCAACGGGAAGUUUUAUCUACGUGACGGAGGUUUUUCGUGCGGCGAGGUGACGUGCCGCUGCUGUGAGAUGGUUGGUGGCCCGACUCGCAGCGGCAAUGAGCCUCGUGUACCUUGCACUACCUACGCCACCGCCGCAAGAUGAGGGAAGUACUCUGCCUUGCAUCGCGCAUUAUAAUGGCCGCCGCCGCCGCCGCCGCUAAGGGAAACUGGCUGGCUGAGUGGAUGACAGUGAGGCAAAUGUGUUAUGUAGUGGCGGAAUGGCGACGAGAACCAGCAGAUGACGGCAGGAAAGAUACAACUGCAGGUGUUGGUGAUCCAAAGGCCGUGACUGCAGCGAUCCCGUGCGUCCUGCACCAUCAGGGAAGGACUCUGGCAUCGCAGGGCGCCGUCACUGACCCUCUCCCCAUCACCCUACUAACUCCCCCCUCAACCUCGCCGCUGCUACCGCUACUCGGUGGAGGGGUUCCGCCUCGCAUUGGGCCUUCACUGCCGUCUCGCUAACACGUGCCGCCGUCGCUGCUACUGGCACUAAGGGACUUCGCCUCGCAGCGGCCUGGCAAACACCUGCUACACCACUGACGCCCCACAGCCCCUAACCGCUACUCGGAGGGUUUCUGCCUUCAAUCGGGCCUUCACUGCCGGCCCGCUAACACGUGCCGCUAUUGACACAGGGAUUUCGCCUCGCAGCGGCCUGGCAAACACCUGCUACGUCGCCGCUAUUGACACUGAGGGACUUCGCCUCGCAGCGGCCUGGCAAACACCUGCUACAUCACCACUACCGCUGCCGUCCAGUGAAAGAUUUAUCUCGGACAUCCUGCCAUUCAACGCCUGCUGCCACCACCACCUCGUUAUGGUGUUGUCACUGUACUUGAAGCUGUUGUCAUGAUUGAAUAAUAAAUUGUGAAGGAAUCUUUA